UGUCUUGUACAUCUUAUUGAGAGUUUAGCGCACUUCGUUAAGUUUCUAGCCCUUAGCCUAGACUUAAACCACAACCUUUGGGGCAGUCAGCUGUUUUUCGAAUUCGCAAUUCAAUUGCAGCUCUAUGCAAUCCAUUUGUUUUUCGCGAAUUUGCAACCCUGGCUAACAACCAAAACUAAAUUGCCAGCCAUUGCAUAAAAAAAACAUAUACCGUGCAGAAGAAAACGUAUAAUAGAAAAAAUAAAACACAACAAAUACAUAAGUCAAGUGAAAUAAUUUUCGUAAAAUAGUACAAAUUAAAGGAAUCGAAACGGCAUCAAGCGCAACUGCAGCAAUUUUGCAAAAGACAAGAAGAAAAAUGCAAUAAAACGAAUGUAGGUGGAAACAAAAUGCGUCCCAUUGAAAAGUGAAAGUGCAGCAGGACAGACGACAACCACAACGACGACGACGGACUGAUAGAAGAGUUGCUGCAACCCGCGGGUGAAAUCAGACCAAUAAACUGUGCAAAAGCGAAAGAAAUUGUUUGCGAAUGUCCAACAAAUGAAAACGCUAUAAACUGCUGUGUGGAUCACUGAAUAGCAACUACCCAUUAGCCAAAUUAAACACUGUUUUGUUUGUGAGCAGCGAGCAUGACUGAAAAAUACGACGGCAACGGUGAUUACUCCGCGUACAACGAGGAUGACAGCAACGAGUACGGCGGAGGUGGAGGUAAAGCACGCAAAAGUGCUGGAAACGGGGGUGGAGGGGGACCGCAUAACGGCGAUGCUGGCGCCCAUGAUCUUCAUGGCGUCCCAGAAGGUGGCGCAAGUGUGCAGCUAAAUGAGAAGGCCAACGAAUACAUACGCGACUGCAUGGCCGAGAAGAAUCGCAUGGACCGCAAAUUUCCCAUAGCCGAGAAGCUCAUGGAGGGUGAGAUUGAAAAGGUGCAGACCACGGGACGCAUUCCGUCGAGAGAGCAGAAGUAUGCGGACAUCUAUCGCGAAAAACCACUGCGCAUUUCACAGCGUGUCCUGGUGCCCAUCCGGGAGCAUCCUAAGUUUAACUUUGUGGGCAAGCUGCUCGGUCCCAAGGGCAACUCACUGCGCCGUCUGCAGGAGGAGACGCUGUGCAAGAUGACGGUGCUGGGUCGCAACUCAAUGCGCGAUCGUGCCAAAGAGGAGGAGCUGCGCAGCUCCAAGGAUCCCAAGUAUGCGCAUCUCAACAGCGACCUGCACGUGGAGAUCUCCACAAUUGCGCCGCCAGCCGAGGCUUAUGCACGCAUCGCUUAUGCCAUGGCCGAGCUGCGCAAGUAUCUCAUACCGGAUAGCAACGAUAUCAUACGCCAGGAGCAGCUGCGCGAACUCAUGGAUAGCACAAGUCUCAACGAUAGCGACAGCAACUCUAAAAAUUCGUAUAAGAAAGUUUCGCACAUGCAAAGCUCGAAUGCUAUCGGAAAUUCCAUGGGAGGAUCAACAAAUUCAGGCGCUGCUGGCGCUGGAGUUGCCAAGAAUAUGGCUCAUCAUGGUUACAGAGGUUCGCAGCAGUCGUCGUUUAGCAAAAAUGUGUUGGCCCCCAAGCAAAAGGUCAUGUCCAUACUGGAGAAGGCUAGAACAGCAAUGGAUGAGACCUAUGGUCGCGGUUAUGAGGAUGGCAUUGCCUACGAUCCGCAUCAGUCCUACGAUGCCUACAGCUAUGCAUCCCACGGCGUACACGGACAUGGUCAUGGUCCGCCCACGAGUAUACUCGGUGGGGUUGGCAACGUAACUGGCGUAGGCGGCGGGGGAGUGCGAGGCGGGCACUAUGAAACUGCGGAUUACGAAACAGAUUACUCGCGACGGGACUACUAUCAGCAUUCACCAGGAUAUACAGGUGGGAGUGGCGGCGGAGGAGGAGGCGGAGCGGCGCAAUCGAAUGCAAACAACGCAGCAGGCCUUAAUUCAAAUCACAAUCGCAGCCAUGUUAACAGGUGAAAUAACGCCUGCAAUGGAGGUGGUGCGAGGGGAGGCGCAACUAGUGCAACAAAUCCUAUACCAAAAACCCACAAUCUGACCAUCAACCGCAACAGCAACAGCAACAGCCACAAUAGUAGCAGCAGCAGCAGCUAUUUAAUGCCUAGAUCUGUGACAAAUGAAUGCAGCAGUAACAAGCACAACAACUUUGGCAAUGGCAGCGGCUGCUCAAAGAAAUUGUGAAUUGAAGCCCAUGAUUAUGUGGAUAACGCUGCAAAUGAUUACUUUAUUGAAACAAUAUGAAGAAACUAUAAUACUACGAUAUGAAUAAACAAAAAUACUCAUUGAAUUUAAAUAAUAAGACACGCAGAGUCGAAAAGCUCAAAACAAAACUUACUUUAAAUUUGAACCGAAUUUAUUUUCAUGAAUUUACUUUUACUUUACUGAACAUUUCCUAAUAAGCGAAAAUUAUGCCAAACUUGAAAUUUCUAAAGAAUUUGAAUUACUUACGUUUGUGCCAAAUGAACCUACUAUAACUAAUCUUCCAAUUCAAUAUUAUGUGAACUCAGAUGAGUCUAGAAUUUCGAAAUUUAUUUUAUUUAUUCCCUUAAGUUUCAGAAUCUUAAUUUCGCAUUUACUAUCAGCUGAGCAGUUCAAUAUGAAUACAUCUACAUAUUACAACUUUAAUCGAUUGUUGAUAAAGUGCAAAGAACUUAAUUACAAAACAGAUAAAUAAAAAUAUCAUGUCCAAAAUGCAAAUUGUUGCGACUAAAGCAAAGCGUAAGAAUUACUUACUUAUAAUCAUGUGAACGUUAAAUUGUUGAAAACAAUUAAAAUCUAGUUUAUAAAACAAUAUCAAUAAUGAACAAAAGAAACAAAAAAACGACGAUACAUUCAUUUAAUUCAACUAAUUAUUGUUAUUAUUAUUAUUAUACAAAGAUUAAAUAAACAUAAACAGAAUUAAAAGACAAACUUACUUAAAGGGCAAUUCCCGAAAGCCCAAAUUCAGAAUUGAAAUUUCAAUAUAAAUUCAAAUAAAUAAUACUUAUUAAAUGGAUGGCAACUAAUGUUUAAACAAA